AUGCCAGUAUACACAAUUAUUAAUUAUUUCUUGGGUACAAAUAUCAAUGAAAAUAAUAGCAUGAAAGAAGAAGAUAUUAGAAACGAAGAAUUUGGUAAUUCUUUCCAAAUUCCAUCCAACUUUGACCCCAUAGAGAGUAAUAUUUCUUCAACCACUCAUUCAAACUCCACUUCUGAACCAGGAAAUUUAACUGAUAUCGAAUCUACAACUUCUCAGAUUGAAGAAACCCCAAAUUAUCUCCAAGAUUUGCCAAUGACUCCUAAAAAAUUGAAUCCCUCUGCAUUCACACACUCUAGGCCCAAUUCAAGCCUCUGUAAUAAUAAGCCAGCAAUUCUAAAACCAAAUGUUUUGAAAUUCAAAAGCCCAGAAUUUUUAAAUUCAGAUACUACAGAGAAAGGUAUGGAUUGUUCAAAUGUAACUUUCAAUAAUGAAAAUAGAGAUAUAACUAUCAUAAAUAAUGAAGAUAAAUAUGAAAAAAUUACCAAUAUUGAAGAUAAAUGUGACGCUAUUACCAAUACUGAAGAUAAAUAUGACGAUGUCACUACUAAUGAAGAUAAAUAUGAAGAUGCUACAAAUAAUGAGAAUAAAGAUACAGAUAUCACCAAUGAUGAAGAUAAUUAUGGAGAUGCCGCAAAUAAAGAAGAUAACUAUGAAGAUAUUAGUAAUAACGAAAGAACUUAUAAAUCUGAUAAUCGUAUUCUAAGAGGUACUGAUUUGAAUAAACAAGAUGCAUUCAAAGAUGAAACUCCAAAUUAUCCUCAGUUUAGCACAAAAAUUGGUAAGGAAGAAGGGGCAAUGAACCAAAAUAUUUCAGAUACCCAAAUGCUGUGCCUGAUGAAAGAGCCAAGUAACAUGUGGAAUGAUAUUAAAACCAAAACAAAUUCUAUAAGACUGAAUAGUGAAGAACAUAGCCGUAAUAAAAUUGAAAAUAUAAAAAAAUGCAAUCAUCCAAAAACAAGGCACAUUGGUAAUAAAAUUUCUCCAUUAAUAAAUCAAUUUGAGGGAAAUGUUAUUAAUUGCAAUAUAUCUUCCCAUUUUGAAUCUCAAGAACAUACAUUUAUCGUACCAGUACAAAUUACUUCCGCAAAAAGUGAAUCUAACCAAUCUGUAUAUUGUAUUUCAAUGCCAAAUUGGAAACUAAAUGAAAAUAUUCCUACUAAUCUAUUUACAUCAUUGCCCAAUAAUGGAAAAAUGUUGCCACAAAUAGAUUUAAAUAAUUCAGCUUUACUAAAUGAAAAAGUGCAUAUAUUGGAGGAAAGAAUUAAGCAAUUAGACAAGUUUGACAGUCGCAGAUUAAUGAUGAGAAAAGAAAUAACCACCUUAAAGACUUCGAAAAGAGAAUUAAAUGCCAAUUUAAAGAAAUUAGAAGAAGAAAAAAAUGCAUACAAAAGCAAAUAUGAAAAAAGUCAAGAUAUUUUAAAAUCAGUAAAUAAUGAACUAUAUCAUUUAAAAAGACAAAAUGAAAAUACUGAAGAAAAAUUGAAAAAUAUUCUUUUAGAAAAUAAAAUUCUUACAGAUAGGUUAGAACUUCUUGAGAAAGAUAAACUUACUUAUUCAAAAGAAUUACAAAUGAUAUCUAGCAAACUUAAAAUUAAUAAUAAAGAAUUAAGUGCAUAUAAAGAAAAAGUAGUUAAUUUCAAGAGUUAUCUUCCAAAAUUAGUUAAUAUUAUUCAAAACCAACAUAAAAUAUUUAGCGUUAAAAGUAAAGAAAUAAGAAAACUCGUUGAGAAAAACAAAUUAAAAGCCUAUGAAAGUGAAGUUCAGAAGACAACUCUAACAACUGAAGUAAGAAAUGUUGAAAACCAAUUAUCUUCCUCUAGAAUCAUAAUUUUACAUUUAAAAAGAAACUGUAAAAGUCAAUCUGAAGAAUUAAAAGAGCUAAAAAAAGAAACUAGUAAUUAUAAACAACAAAAUUCAGAAUUAAUACAAAAUAAGGUGCAGUUAACUAAUGUUAUCAAAAUUGCAUACAAUUUUCUUCGCUCUUUUGAACUAUAUGACAAACCCAUUUUUGAUAAGUUAAUCCAAGACGAUAAUGAUCCAAUGAUAUUUAUAAAAAAAUUAUCUCAGAUAAAGAACUCAGACUUUAAUGACAUGUUUUCAAAGCUUUACAAAACUUCAGGGUUUAUUACAGAAGAUAUUGAAGAAAUGAAAGUUUCUUUCCCUAAAAUCAGUGACAUGAGUAAAAAGGUAAUAACUUCUUUAAACUCAUUAUUAGAAAAUCAAAAUGCACAUUUGGAAAGAAUAGAAAAUCUUGCUGCAUCAACAGAUAUCUUUAAUACUGAAAUAUCUAGCACAAAAAAAUUACUAACUGACAUCAAAAAGGAAAAUGAAGUCAGUGAAACUAAAAGAAUUAAUUUCCAGGAUAAGUUGUUGAAGACUGAGACUCAAAAUGAAAUUAAUCUGAAAUCAUUACUUUUGAAGAAGGAUAAUUGUAAUGAAGAACUUACAGAACAAUUAUCAAGUUGUUUGAAAUAUAUGUCCGAUAUGGAACAUACAAUGCAAAAUGAGAUUUCAAGAAUUGGAAUUUUACAGUCAAUUUUAGUAGUCAAAGAAACUGAAGUUGAAGCACUUAAUAACAAGCUUAACGCUCAAUCAGAAAAUAUUAAUGAGCUAACCAAAAAACUGGAAAAAUUAACUGGAGAUAAAUCUCUGAGAAUAACCGAAAAUAACAUUCGCAACACAUUCAAGGGAGACGGUAGUAAUUCCCUGAUAGAGAACUUAAAACUUGAUCAAGUAGAUGAAUUGACAAUGAUUCAACUUCAAAAUGCAUUGAAAAAUAUUAUUGUUUCAUUGAAAAUCCCAUUUGACAAAUUUUCUUAUAAAAUGCCUCUUAUAACAAUUUAUAUUCAUUUAGAAAGGGUAAUAUUUCUAAAAUUUAUUAACCGUAUACAUUUCAAACUGCAUGAUCGAUAUUUUGAAAUGGAACGUUUUACCACCGAAGCUUAUGUCCAGUUUAUGAAUACCCAUGACCUAAAUACGGUGAAGCAUCCUAUUGCCACUUAUUUACAUUCAAUGUUAAAAGAAUUAGAAAAUAAGAUCGAAGAUCAAUAA